AAAAGUUGGAUUCUGAAAGUAAUCAUAUCGUCGUCGUCGUCGUUGUCUUGUACAAGUGGAGCUAAGAGCGAGAGAGAGAGAUGGAGAAAGUGGUUGAUCUCUUCGGAGUCGGAAUAGCUAAUUCCGAGAAGCUACUCGGAGGAUUCAACGAUCUCAGCGAGAUCCAACAGGGAUUGUUCAUAGGUUCAGUAGCUGAGGCGACUAACAGCGAUUUGCUCAAAAGCUCCAACGUCACUCAUGUCUUGACCGUAGCUGUGGCCUUGGUUCCUCCUUAUCCUAAUGAUUUUGUUUAUAAAGUCAUCGAAGUGUGUGUAUGUGUAGUCGUUGAUAGAGAGGAGACCGAUUUGACUGUAUAUUUCGAUGAGUGUUUUAGCUUCAUCGACCAAGCUAUUCAAUCUGGAGGUGGUGUUUUGGUUCAUUGCUUCAUGGGAAUGUCUAGAAGUGUGACUAUAGUGGUGGCUUAUCUGAUGAAAAAGUAUGGCAUGAGCUUCUCUAAAGCUAUGGAACUAGUAAAGAGCCGACGUCCUCAGGCACUUCCUAAUUCCGGUUUCAUUUCGCAGCUGCAGAAAUUUGAGAAAUCCAUUCAAGUAAAUGGUGAGGCUUCAGCUGAUAAGAAGAUAGUGUCCUGAUGAACUCUCGAGAAGUUCCGGACAAGUCUCAUGAUCUCCAUGAUUGACCAAAAAAAACUUGAUUGGUUUCGUGCUGUGUAAGGAUUGUUUUCUUGUGAACUAUAUUGAUGGUGAGCACUUUGCCAUGUCCAUUAACCCGAUUGAAAUAAAUGAAAACGCAGAAUUUACAUU